ACCGCAUUCCGUGAUGUUACAACGACUCACAAUCGCUAUCUUAGCACUCACCGGCAUUGUGUCGGCGAUGGGGCCUGUGGAUACCAUAAGACAGCAUCCAGAGCUUGCGAAGAGGGCACAGUUUGAGACGAGGAAUGAGCCAGAGUCUGAGGUCAAUGAGAGAAGGUCCAAGUCCAAGUACUAUAACAGCAAUACCGCCAGUAUACCUCCUCUCUACCAAUGCUCCUAUCUGACAUUGUCCGUUUAUUCUACUGACAUCCCAUAGAAUACUGGGUCAAUGGCAACAAGAUCCCCGACGUAAAUUUUGAUGUCGGCGAGUCAUAUGCUGGACUAAUGCCCAUUUCGAAAGAUAAGAACGAGACAAGACAGCUUUGGUUUUGGUUCUUUCCUACGACGGGCACGGUUGACGACGAGUUGGUUAUCUGGCUGAAUGGUGGCCCUGGAUGCAGUAGGUGCUUUCUGACUCUUCGAAUAAAUGGAGUUUGGCAGUUGAUAUAGCCGUGAAGGCAGUCUUGAAGGACUUCUACAGGAAAACGGACCCUUCUCCUGGUAAGAGGAGCCCCCGUCCUCUCCCGAUCUGCCUGCACAAGAAGUUGACACGAGCUGGCAACAGGCAGUAUGGAACCUACAAGCCAGUACGUAAUAAGUAUUCUUGGCACAAUCUCACAAACAUGAUUUGGUUAAUCCCCGAAAUUGACCCGCUCCAUUGAAGCAAAACUAAAGAGUAGCAGGAUUGAUCAACCUGUAGGAACAGGCUUCUCCCAAGGUGUCCCCGACGCAACCUCAGAAGAAGACAUUGCAGUGAAAUUCCUGGGCUUUCUCGAGAACUUUAUCAAAACCUUUGGCUUUGAGAAUAAGAAGAUCUAUUUAACCGGAGAAUCAUAUGCAGGCUACUACGUUACGUACAUAUUGGAUGCAAUGUACAACAAGAACGACACAAAACUCUUUGAUCCUCGAGGUCUCAUGAUCUACAACCCUACCCUGAGUGAAUGGGUGGUCCAUGAGCAGAUUCCUAUGGUUCCGUUUGUAGAUUAUUGGGCGCGCCUAUUGGCCUUGAACGAAACUACUAUGGACCGCCUCCAUGACAUGGCCGAUAAGUGCGGGUACACAAGCUACCUGAAUGAGAACAUGCUUUUUCCUCCAAGGGGCCCACUCCCGACCCCCCCACAUAUCUUCACCCCCGAAGAAUGUGACGUCUGGCGUGCUGCUUUACGGUACCCCCACACAUAUAUAUACUUCCUCACCCCGGUAAAUGCGGACAGAGCUAACGGAAUCCCAGGGCCGCCACCUUAGUAAACCCGUGCUUCAACGUCUACCAUAUCACUACAACCUGCCCUAUCCUCUGGGACGUCCUGGGAUACCCAGGAACCAACCAUUUCCUCCCCGAGGGCGCGGAAAUAUACUUCAACCGCACAGAUGUGCAGAAGGCUAUCAAUGCCCCGCAUAUGAACUGGGAGGAGUGCUCCGGUGACCUCGUGUUCCCCAACGGGGACCCGAGCGAUCCCCCCAACUACUCGCUCCUGCCACGCCUCAUUGACAAGCUCGAGAGGACGGUCAUAGGCCACGGGAUUUUGGACUUCAGAUUUCCCAUAAACGGGACCCUGUAAGACGCACACGUCCUAGGGCUGGAGGGAAAGUGCGAGUGCUAAUGAGACGCGAUGCAACACCGGUAGGUUGUCGAUUCAGAAUAUGACAUGGGGCGGGAAACAGGGAUUUCAGACCAAGCCGACGGAACCGUUCAUCGUACCAUACGACAGCCAAGGUAUCAUGGGGGUGGUACACACCGAGAGAAAACUCACGUAUAUUACUCCACACCCAUGCACCGAGUUUACAUCCGGCUGAUGAUCCAUAGAUGGGUGGAAAUCGAAUGGUGCGGCCACAUGGUCCCGCAAUACCAGCCUGGAGUUGCCUACAGACAGUUGGAGUAUCUACUUGGCAGAAUCGAUAAGCUAUGAGCCGGUGGGGUGGUGGAAAAGAGUGCGAAUUGCAAGGGCCCUGAGUGAUCACAAUGUGUCACUCGGCAUUUAACUCAUGGGGGUCGGAUACGGGUUUUGGUUGUACUGUAUCUUACGGAGCUAUGAUAGGAUCCUAUAUUUACCAGGGGCAACUGCCUGCCAUUAAUUUGCUAUAAUAGAUUUCUUUGCUCUAUCCCUAUAUCCUAUCCUCAUCUGACCCAUGCCC